AUAUUGAAUGUCCCCAGCCUGCCAGCUGUGGUCGCCUGGCGAGUUCUAUCCCUUUCCAUCAGGCACUGAAUGGAUUAUUUAUCAAUAAACCAGACAAAAGGCAGCAACGAAGACAUAGACCGAUAAUUGGGGAUUCAUUACACUCGUGUGCUUUGAUUUUUUUUUUCUCGUUUUUUUGGGGACCCCUGUUUCCUCCGCAAUGCAGUCGGCCGACCCAGAGCACUUUUUCGAGACAGAUGCCGCUCAGGAGAAGAGGCAGCGACGGGCAGCCAAGGCUGGCAACAAGUAUGGGGACCCAAUUCUCCUAAAAUCCAAGAUUUUGGCUGCCGUGCCCGACCCCAGAUCUCCCGGGUCUGCAGUCUUGGUUGCGGAGUCGGCCGGAGCCGUACGCCUAGUCAAUCUAAACGACCCCGAGAACCUUAAGACGGCCUACCGCGGCCCGACCGCCCCGGUUUGCUGUGUUGCCGUGGGCGGGCCCGGCUCCGGAACUCUCUUCGCCGGAUCCUGGGACAAGAAUAUCUGGUCGUGGGAUCUCAACUCCAAAGCACCCGGACGGAAAUACGUCGGUCAUACAGACUUCGUAAAGGCCCUCGCCUGUGCAACCAUUGGCGGCAAGGACCUCCUGAUCAGCGGUGGCGCCGACAAGAAGAUCAUGGUCUGGGACGUCGCUACGGGCGCGAGGCUGCAUACCCUACAAGACAGCGCGGUGAAUAUGCUCAGCAUCCAGGACCUGGUCGUCGAUCACGCGUCCUCCACUGCGGAUGAGAUCAGUCUCAUCAGCGCCAGCAGCGACCCGCAUAUUCGCCGGUGGAGAAUCCGGCUCGACAAGUGGGAGCAGGUCGUUGAGGCGUCUCCCGACGCCCCGGGCACGGACCGCCGGACCAUUCUAGAACACGAGACCACCGUCUACAAGCUUGUGCUUGACCACGACGGCGACGACGUGGAUCUCUGGACCUCGAGCGGCGAUGGCACCGCCAAGUGCCUGUCGCGGCUGAGAAACUUUGCCUGCGAAGACACAUUCCAUCACGGGGACCACGUGCGUGCCGUAGCGGUUACGGAGCAGUGGGUGGUCACGGCCGGUCGGGACGAAGACAUCAAGUUCUGGGAUCGGAGCUCGGGCAACCUGUACUGCUCCCUUGUGGGACACUACGACGAGGUCACAGACCUGGUGGUCCUCAGGGACCCGAGCGGGUCGAGCCAACGGAUCUGCAGCGUGAGCAUUGACGGAACGGUGCGGACCUGGCCACUGGAUAAGGCCGCCGUCGAUGCUGCAGUCAAGGAGCAGGAGAAGCCCGCAGAAGAAGGGGGAAAGGAGGUCGCUGGCGAGGGUCUUCUCAGCCCGGAGGAGGAGGCCGAGCUCGCUGCCCUCAUGGAAGACGAUGACGAGUAGGCAGGAGAACUGCUGAAAAAGUCCAGACCACACCGCUCUCCCGGGCGUGGCGGAUUCCAGCAUCCGGUUUAAUCCGGCUGUAACACACGUGGUAAUUUGGGCGGCACUGAACUCUGAUUCAGUU